AUAAAAACAUAAAAAUCUUAUUUUGAUAUUUUUCUCUAUAUUUUAGUCUUAUUUAAGAUGAUUUCUAUAAUGUAUGUGUCUCGCAACAAAAAUUAAUGAGACCAGGUAAAUUAGGAAAAUGCUAAUAUUUGAAUCAAAUGAUCCGGCACGCCCUUCAAUCUCCAUCCCUCCCAAACCAAGUGAAACAGUCCUUUUGAUUUCCGAAGUCACACUCCCUACUCUAUCCGGCACGCCCUUCAGCUGAACUUCGACUAUGGAGAGUACGAGGGACAGAUUCAGUGAACUUCCGGAGGUUAUACUCGACAAGAUUUUGACAUUAUUGCCCAUUGAAGGAGCUGCUAGAAUGGCUGUUUUGGCAACUCAGUGGAGAAAUUCAUGGCUUGGCCUUUCAACACUCUGCUUUGAUGAAUACUUCUUUUGUCACAUUACAAAUAAGUAUAUCCCGUACUAUGCUGCAAGCGGUGUCAGGGACAAGAAAGUAAUAUAUGGAAAUGAAAGCAUCAACAUCAUAGUCUCUGUGAGUUUCUAUGUAAUCAGUAAAGUUCUCAUGUUUCACAAAGGACCUAUUCGCAAAUUCGUCUUUAUAUUCUUUGAGGAUGGGAUAGGAGCAGGAACACUCAGAUCACGACUAUUUGACGUUGAUCAAUGGCUCUCUUUUGUCACACAAAAAGGAUUCGAAGAAAUCCACCUUACUUUUGAUCGACAAGAUGGGUUCUUACUGCCAAAUUGCAUCUUUUCAUGCCCAACACUCAGGAGGUUGCAUCUUUCUGGAACCACUUAUGACACAGCGAAUGCCCCUUGCGUACUCCUAAAUUUCACUGAACUUCGUUUUAUGAAUGUUCGCUUUGAGCCUAUAGAUCUUCUAAACCAUACAAUUAAUGCUCCCAUGCUUGAGGAUCUCUCAUUUUUUGCAUGUGAUCAAACCAUGUUCUAUUUUAACAUAACUGCUCCGAAACUUCGUGUGUUAGCAUUUCAUGGUUGUUCUUAUAGACAAAACAUUGGUUAUCUUCCUGUUAAUUCGAGCUUGCGGAAUGUUCAUACUCUUGUUUUGGAUCCUUAUUCGAUCAUGAAUUUUUUUGGGCCCUUGGUUAGAAGGGGGAAGCUGGUUCAGCCAAGUGAGCUAAAUGUUGAAUGCCUGAGGUUGCGAGAAAACCCAUUAGGUUGCGACAUAGACGAUCUUUACUCAGUGGACUAUGACAUCUCUUCUGCAUUCAUUCAUUUGCUGCAAGUAUGCCCGAAAUUGCGCGAAAUUCACAUACAAUCAUGGUUUCUCGAAUCGAUAUCUGAGUGCUUAAAGACACAGUCAAAACCCUGGAAGGAACUUUAUCAUGUGGCUCAAACACUCAACUCUCUCCACACUUUGAGUUUGAGCUAUGAUGAGGUUUUAGGGCAACGCCCCCUGUUUUUUUAAUCGACAAUAUGGAAUGAUAAAAAAUUAUAAAUUUUAUUUCAAACAUCUAUUGAAUGUGAAUCUUUUUAGUAGGCAAUGUGAAUCGUU